CCUAGAUGCUGACUGAAGAGACUUCAGACAUGCAGUUUUGACUUUCCAUCAGAAAAAAUGUUCCGCUGGGACAAAGAGUGGAACAUGUCUUUCGCAGGCUGUGGCUUCAGGAGUAUUUACUACCUGGGAGCUUUGAGCUGUAUCCUGGAGCGGGUGCCGCAGCUGGUUCGAGGAGCUUCUAAAAUCGGUGGAGCUUCAUCUGGUUGUCUUGUUGCUGCAGCUGUGACUGUCGGCUUUCCCAUUGAGCAGUUCUGUAAUGAAGUGUUGAAAAUGGCGAGAGAGGCCAGAAAGCACGCCCUGGGAGUUUUCCACCCAGGCUUCAAUAUGCUGCAGAUGAUAUGGGUGGGCCUGGUGGAGAAGCUUCCAGAAGACGCCCACCUUCGGGCAUCCGGAAAGCUCUGCGUGUCCCUCACCAGAAUGGCUGAUGGGAAGAACGUUUUGGUGUCAGAGUUUAACAGCAGAGAAGAGCUGAUUCAGGUUCUGAUGUGCAGCUGCUUUUUCCCUGUUUACUGUGGUUUCACCCCACCUUCAUACCGUGGAGUGAGCUUCCUGACCAAGACAGGCAACAACAUCAAUCAUGAUAAACAACACCCUCUCAUCGGUACAGCAAGCAAUAAAAAUUUUGAAUGGAUCAAAACCUGUAAAACCCCAAGUCUGCAUUAA